GGGAGGCGCGCGCCGCGGGCGGGCCAGCGGAGCCGCGGCCCUGGCACGUGAUCCGGAGCGUCUAGGUCGCUUGGUGGCUCAAUCUGUCGGUCGGCGAGUGCCGUCAUGGCGGACGCGGCCAGUCAGGUCAUCCUGGGCUCCGGACUCACCAUCCUGUCCCAGCCUCUCAUGUAUGUGAAGGUGCUCAUCCAGGUGGGGUAUGAGCCUCUUCCUCCAAACAUAGGACGAAAUAUUUUUGGGCGGCAAGUAUGUCAGCUUCCUGGUCUCUUUUGCUAUGCUCGGCACAUUGCAAGCAUUGAUGGGAAGCGUGGGUUGUUCAGAGGGUUAACUCCAAGACUGUGUUCGGGAGUCCUUGGAACUGUGGUCCAUGGGAAAGUUCUACAGCAUUACCAGGAGUGUGACAAGGUUGAGGAGAAGGGACAAGCAGUCAGUUUCCCUUUCAUCUCCGAGUUAGGACCUGGAAUUGUACAGAAAGAAGCCUCAUCUUCCUUUGACCGCGUUAUCAAGGAGACAACUCAAGAGAUGAUGGCUCGUUCUGCUGCUGCCCUCAUCACACAUCCCUUCCACGUGAUCACUCUGAGAUCUAUGGUGCAAUUCAUUGGUAGGGAAUCCAAGUACUGUGGGCUUUUUGACUCCAUAGUAACCAUCUAUCAGGAAGAGGGCAUCCUAGGAUUUUUUGCGGGUCUUAUUCCUCGCCUCCUAGGUGACAUCAUUUCUCUGUGGCUCUGUAAUUCACUGGCCUACCUCGUCAAUACCUAUGCACUGGACAGUGGGGUUUCCACCAUGAAUGAAAUGAAGAGUUAUUCCCAAGCUGUCACUGGAUUUUUUGCCAGUAUGUUGACAUAUCCCUUUGUGCUUGUGUCUAAUCUUAUGGCUGUCAACAACUGUGGGCUUGCUGGUGGGUCCCCUCCUUAUUCCCCAAUAUAUACAUCUUGGGUAGAUUGCUGGUGCAUGCUACAAAAAGAGAAGGUGACUAGUUCGUUUUCAUUCCUAAUGAUGCUCUUGGAAAGUCUCCUUGUAACUUCAUACCUGAUAAUGCAGACUGAAGUCAACACAGGAUUCUUACAGUGGUUGACCACCCCACAUGUUACCCCCUCAGGCAUGUUAACAUAUACAGGAGAGGAAAAAAAUCACGUGAAAGAAGUAAAUUUCAACUCAAGCAUAAAGCUUCUAUUUACUCAGGCCUUUUGAAAGCUGGUUAAUAUGCUCUAAAUGGGAAAGGAUAUGGUUUCACUUGUUUAAGUAAUCCGUUGGGAUGUUGCCAAAUGAAUAAGCACUUAAUUUGCUGCUUCUCAGACUUCUCUGUUACAGCCACAGCACCCGUAACAGAGUGAGCCUAAUCAAUCUCCUUGCUCCCCCAGGGUUAAGGAAUACAGCCUUAAGGUCAUGGGUAGCUUACCUUGAAAUCAUCUUUGGUGUCUCUUACUUUGUCUCAAAAAGUAAUGUAAAUUUUGUAUUCUAUUCAAUAUUAUCUGUAUUUGUUUUAAUAUAAAAUGUUUUGCAUUACCUACCUUUUUCCCAAAAAUUUUCAAGUAAAGAUCUAGGAAAAUGCCCAA